AUGAACGUCUUCACUACUCUGAGCAGUGACGCGCACGAUGUGGCGUCACAGGCGAUAGCGAUGAAGAUCAGGGUAGUGGAUAUGCACACGAGCGGCGAGCCCACAAGGAUCGUCGUCCAAGGCUACCCCGAACUCAAAGGGUCGACGCUGCUAGAGAAACGCGCUGACGCCCGGGAUCGAUUGGACCAUGUACGACAAUUGCUGAUGAAGGAGCCGCGGGGCCACUCAGAGAUGUACGGCGCCAUCCUGGUCUGGGCGACCGAGCUGACCGCGGCCGGACGCGCAGACGUCGGCGUGCUAUUCUGCCACAACGAGGGGUACUCGACGAUGUGCGGACACGCGGCGAUUGCGCUGGGGCGAUUCUUGGUUGAUAUGGCGGAGGGCGAGUUCCUUGCACGGAUACGCAGCAGAAUCGCGGACGGGUGCACGAAGAUGAACCUGCACGCGCCGUGCGGUAUCGUGGAAAUCACCGUUCCCGUGACGCCGCAGGGCAGAGCCGACGCGACGCGCCCCGUCACGUUCCUCAGCGUGCCGAGCUUCGUUGGCGGGACCGACAUUUCUGUCCACAUCCCCGCCGACAAGAUGUGGAAGCAGAUAAGGGAGUCGGGAAGGCAACAUGUCAAGGUCGCCGUCGCAUUCGGAGGGGCGUUCUACGUGAUUGUGGACGUGCGGGAGCUCGGCUUCGCCGAUGGCCUGCUUGCCAGCAGCGUCCCAGAGCUCGCGCAGGCCGCGAAAACGAUCAAGGGUCUCGUCGGAAAUAACACAGAAGUGUUGAAGCACCCCUCGGAGCGGGACCUGGAGUACCUGUACGGCGUCAUCAUCUGCGACGAGGGCGUGCCCGGGGACGGCGUCGAGUGCGGGGUGUGCUUUUUUGCGGACGGGCAGAUUGACCGGUCGCCGACGGGGUCUGGAGUGUGUGCGCGCGUCGCGCUCGCGGUCGCGAACGGCGGGCGCAAGGUGGGGGAGGGCCGGGUGUAUGAGUCGAUGUACAGCAUGCGGCAUGCGGGCAGUGGGUUCGCUGGGACGGCGGUGGAAGAGGUGAGCAUGCCCGACGGUCGCUCCGGGGUGACCGUGCGCGUGUCGGGCAGGGCGCACUAUGUGGGGGCGACGACCUUCGUGCUCGAGACUGGCGACGGAUGGAAGCAUGGGCUAUGA